AUGUCAUGGAUAACUGUAAUAGCUCCUACGACAUUGACAUCGAGGCAAAGUAGUAGCCCACUCUCCGGAAACUGGACCAAUGAACUUGGGUCGACUAUGAUUCUAAUUGCAGACCAGAACGGUGGUCUCAGUGGGCAAUAUAACUCGGCAGUUGGGAAUGCGACAAAUUUCUAUAACCUCACCGGGCGGUUUGAUACGCUCCCGCCUUCUGAUGCAGGUAUUUCUGUUGGCUGGGUGGUGGAUUGGAAGAAUGACCUCCUCAAUGCUCAUGCUGUUACAACCUGGAGUGGCCAAUACUUCGACAACGAUAACGUUGAAACAAUUCUCACCCAGUGGCUCUUGACCACUAGUUCUAGUCAGGCUGAUGUCUGGGAGUCAACUCUUGUAGGACAUGAUGAAUUCACUCGUGCUGAGAUUGAGUAG